UUUUGUUUUCAGAGCUCGAAAUAGAAAUUAGAAAUAGCAUGCUAGAACACUUUAUCUGAUAAUCGUAAAGAGAAGCAUUAUGGCCAGUGACUCUCAGAUGUGGAAGUACGUGUUUGUUCGUCGAUCCUUUUCUGAGGAGGAUAAAGACGACUUUCUGGACGUUGUGUACUGGUUCCGUCAGAUAAUUGCCUUUGUCAUUGGCAUAGUAUGGGGUGUCAUACCUCUGUAUGGUGCCCUAGGGUUGCUGUCAUUUGCUGGCUUCAGCUCACUGCUUACUUUCAUCUAUAUCAGCAAAUUCCAAGAUAUCAAUGAGGAUGACUUUGGUGGCAUUCAGGAAAUUCUAAAAGAAGGCUUCAUGACGUCGGCGGCAACAUUUGUGGCACUAUGGAUAAUUGUGUAUACAUCACUUCACAGCUGAUGAGGUGAACGGCUGCUCCGCUGCUUGAUCAUUCUAUUAGAUAGAUGACUGUAGCAAACCUAUUUUGCUGGCGUCAUCCGUUUGCAGCCUGUGUGCCGUACUCUAAAAUACAUACACACCAUGCUGAUGUGUGUGUGUGUGUGUGUGUGUGUGUGUGUGUGUGUGUGUGUGUGUGUGUGUGUGUGUGUGUGUGUGUGUGUGUGUGUGUGUGUGUGUGUGAGUGUGUGGGUGGGUGGAUGUUGAUCAGCGGUGCUGCGUUGUACAGCGAAGCCGACAGUCAAGUGCAGGUCUGGGCUGUACAUGUGCCUACCCAUGAGUGUAUUACUAGGCUGGUAUGUGCGGGCUAUCUCCGUCGUGAGAGUGCACUCACAGCACCUAGUGUUGACCCCGGCCCGGGCUUUUUAUUUUAUUUGACUAGAUGCCCCACCGGCGGUCAUGAAUAAUUUAUUUCCCAUCGUGGGCUUUUGGUCACAUCUAGUUUUUUUCCCUUGUACAAUAAUGGUGCAGAUCCUACUGCCAGCAGGAACUCCCCCUUCUUUGAAUUGUUUCUUUCGCUCUCUUGUCCUCUGUACAAGAUCUUCUCUGUAGCUUGUUUUUGUUUUGCUGUAGUGUAUGCCAAAGCUGUCUUGGUUCCACCAUCAUUUCGAUUAUGGGGAACUGAAAAGAAAAGAAAAACUAA